UGAGUCAGGGCACACAUGCCUCAGCUGUGAGAGGCCCAACUCCCCUUGGCUGGCUGGCAUCCCAGAACAGAGGCAGAGAGACACAGAGACAGAGGGUGAAGAGAAAGUUAAAGCAUAAGAAGAGGCAAGUGUUUGAAAACGUUUUCUUAAAAAAAGAAGAAGAAAGGAUAAGGGACUUGAGUUGUGUGUAGUGUGGCUCCUGCAGGUUGUGUUUCAGUAGCUUAUUUUUAUCUGUAGCCAGUGUGCAGGCGGUUUGCAUUUGGAGUCGACAGCCAUGGCGGAUACAGGUGUCAAGAAGGAGCACACAGAAGAGCCUUAUGAUGACGACGACGAGGUAGCUCUGGUGAGCGCCGCCACAGAGCCGGCUGUAGACGAUGAUGAUGAUGAUGAUGAGGAUGAUGAGGAUGAUGAUGCUUCUGAGGAGGUUGAACUGGAACUGGCCCCCGUACCUGGAGGCCAGACUGAAGCACAGAUGAAUGGUGUCAUGGUCCUGUCUCUGCUCGACAAGAUUAUCGGCGUAGUAGAUCAGAUCCAGCAGACCCAGAAUGGGCUGGAGGCCCGGCAGGGGGCAAUGGAGAAAUCAGUGUCAACCAUCCAAGGGGAGCUGGCCAAGUUGUCCAAGAACCAUGUCGGCACAACCCACACUGUCAACAAAAUGCUGGAUAAGGUACGCAAGGUCAGCGUCAACGUCAAGACAGUGAGAAACAACCUGGAGAAGCAGGCGGGCCAGAUCAAGAAGCUGGAGAGCAACGAGACCGAGCUUCUCAAGAGACGCAACUUCAAAGUGCUCAUCUACCAGGACAAAGUGAAGCCUCCCAAGCCAACCAAAUCCAAGACUGCAGAGACCGUGGUUGAAAGCACCGCCGUGGAGGGCCUUGAGCCAAUAUCUGAGGGACAGGAGGAAGUUCAAGGCAAUCUCAACUCCGAUGAAGAGGUGGAGAUUGAGGAGAUCAUCGAGGAGUCUCGCACCAAGCGCCUCCAACGCACCACCAAGCAGCAAGUGGACAACAUAAAGAAAGCCUUUUCCAAAGAGAAAAUGGAGAAAACCAAAAUAAAGACAAAGGAGAACAUGGAGAAGACCAGGCAGAGAACCCGCGAGAACCUGGAGAAAACAAGACAGAGAACCCGUGACAAAAUGGAGAAAACCAAGCACAGCCUGGAGCAGAAGAUGGGCCAGCUCGGGACCCGCAUGACCCCCAACAUGGAGCGCAGGGCAAAGAUGAAGAGCUCUAAAGAGAAGGCGAAGAAGUCCCUCAAUCCCGACCACAAGGUCUACGCUCGCUCCAAGACAACCGUGUACCGCGUGCCGCCCUUCACCUUCCAUGUGAAGAAGUUCCGAGAAGGAAUGGAGGAGGUGGUGCAAAACACAGAGAUGGAUGAAGCUGCCGACGGUGAAGGAGAGCCAGGGGGAGAGGAGAAUGGGCUGGGGGUGCACGUGGAGGUGGAGGAAGGGCAGCUGGUUAUGGUAGACAGCCCAGAGAUGGAGGCUCUGUUGGAGGUGACUGAGGACUCUCAGCUGGUCAGGGUGGAGCCAGAUCACCCAAAGGUCCAAACCGAGUAGAGUAUCCCAGCUCUGUCUCCUAUGAAGGAGGAAAUUAAAGGAUGAGGAGGGGAACGGAGUCUAAUCAUAAGGACACAAUAUUAGUCGUGGGGACUUUAUAGACGUGAUCACAAUCUAUGAUAUCUUUCUUGAUUUCUGUACUCUCUUUAUUUUACCCAACAUGGAUAAUUUCAUAUUUGCUCUUCUUUAGCAUACAGGUAGCGAAAAAACAAAAAAAGGCUAGCUUUUUAAAACAUGGUGCAGGCUGAAUGGUUGUGUAUGUUAAGGCUAAUUGCUGUUUGUUGUGGUUUUGAUCAUUUGAGUGGAUUUAAGAAUAAAAAGAUAUAAAUAGUCUUUACUAUUGACGAUGUAAUGUAUAACCUAAUAUUUGCCAUGUAUGAUGUGCACAUUUGUAGGUAACAGGAAGUUGUUGGCAGGAUUGAUGCUUAAACGAUGGUUUCAGAGUUGUAGUGUGCAAGAGUGAAACAAAAAAGAAAACCUGUAGGCAAGGUGUUGAUCUACAGAGAAAAAUAAAGAACUGAGGAGGCAGGAAUAGAGAACAUCUUUUCCUCAGCUAAAGAGUUUACAAAACAAUCCUUAUCUGCAAAAAGAAUUAAGACAUAUAGGUUAUUAACUACCUAUCACACAUGUUUUAGUAAAAUAUUAAUUACAAAUGUAAUCAUUUAAAUUUCUUUAAAUGAAAUACUCAAACUGCUUUCAAUAAAGUAUAGAUUGUAGCCUUUUUUAUCUUUACAAUGCAUGCAUGUACCAAUUUACCAUAUAGCCCUGCAAACUGGAUUAUAACAACAACUCUGUCGCCAAUGGUCACAGCUCAUCACAGUACAUUUGCAGAUCCCUAGCACAUGUAUAAAGGUAAUUGCAGGCAGAAAAGAAUUAUAGCGUGAAAAGCAAGAUGACAGUUUAAUGAAAUGUGGAAAUCCAAAUGUCACCCUAAAUGAAUGGAGAAAGCACAGACAAGCUAUUCUGAAUGGCAAGGUACUUCAAUAAAUGUCAGAGAAAAUCUUGUCAACAAACAGGUUUGCAGAGACCAGGUGCAAUGUUGUGGAUCAGUGAUUUCGACACUGAUGAAUAAACCUGCAUCUUUGUACAAGUUAGAAAAAACUUUGUUUUUUUAAGUAGAGGAAGCUAAAAUAAUUGAAUUGUGAAUAUUCAAUGUCUGAAGUAAACUGGCAAAGCCAGUGUUCCAUCAUUGCACUUUUGACCAUGUACGGCAAGCACACAGUGCUCCAGACAAAGAGAAGGUGAAUGCAUGGCUUCCAUUUUCAUCCCUAGAAGCUCUGUGAUCUUGAUGUGGUGCAGACAUGCAGAAGCCCACUGUGUAGCAUGGAGAACCAUUAAAAUAAUCAAUGGGCGGGGGAAUUCAAUUAAGCAGAGUGCUCUCUCUGAGCACUGAGCAGGGUAGAGAACAGGGAGAGGAACAAAGAAAAAGUGUGUGUGUGUGUGUGUGUGUGUGUGUGUGUGUGUGUGUGUGUGUGUGUGUGUGUGUGUGUGUGUGUGUGUGUGUGUGUGUGUGUGUGUGUGUGUGUGUGUGUCUGUGUCUGUGUGUGUUUGUGUGAUUGUGAAGAGUAAGUCGAUACUAUAUACCCAAUACCAUUGGUGAAACUCCAAGUCAAUGUGAGCAUCAAGUUCACAUUUCAAAGAAGCAAAGAAAUCAAUUACAGGCCUCUGACAUCACAUAUUACAUUAUAACUAUUAACAUUUUAUAUAUAAUUAAAUGUCUGUAGUGAUUAAUUACAAAACGAUUGACAUUGUUUUUGCACAGCAAACAUUAAACACUUGUAAGAUAUUGGUCCCUUUUUUAAAAAAGUUUGUUUUUGCCACCAUGUAUAAAAUUCCUGUUUUGACCUACUGGUUAUUAAAUAACUGAACCAGCCUGCUAUGAGGGCGAGGUAGGUAAUGAACAACUUAUACAGAGAAAUUGUUAUUUCAAAACAUCCUGUUAAACAAUGUGACACACUGCUAUCUUGAUGUUUUUAAUUCAUACCCAAAUAAAGAAGCUUGCCAUUUA